ACUGCGCCGGCCAUUUGCUUGGGGGCUAAACACCCCCGUGACUCCUGUGCGUGUUCAAACGUGUGGGCUGUGACUGCCAUCAUCUUCUAUCUCGCCCGUCCAGAGAGAGACAGAGAGAGGAGCGACCAGAGAAAAUGGUGGAUCCGGCGAAAGGUAGAGAUACGGCCUCGACGGAGCAAGAGCAGCCCCCCGGACAGCGACCGACAUCCUUCUCAGCGGGGGAGAACGGCGGUGCUGCGCAGGCUAUGGAGGGAGACGAUGUAAAGGCCCCUAGCGUGGAUCAGACCGAACCAAAACCAGCAAGCAAAAACACGCCUGGCGCCGAGACAAUUGAUGGGGAACACACGGACGAGGGGAAUGGUACCAAACCAGCGCAAGUCGCCGACGAAGACAACAGCGGCCAAGCAGAUGAAGAGGGAUGGACAAGACGUCAAAGGAAUAAAAAUGGGACGCCAUUCAGAGCAGCAGCGGAGGGCAAUCGAGAGGGCGAUGGAUGAAGCAGUGAAGCUCGGAAAGAAGAUUGUCUUCGAACCAGCUGUGGGCAUGUCUUUCAACUCUGAGCAGGAGGCAUACGAGUUUUACAAUGUCCGCCAUAUCGCGAGCGAGAACCCUCCUCUUUCUAAUGUCGGAACCCCACCCAAUCCGACGGGGGAACCCUCUGUUGCGCACAAGGAACCUUGCAAUAUUCCUCAACUUGAAACCUUGCAAGGCCAUAGCGUCCUUCUUUAUUGACGGAACCCCACCCAAUCCGAUUCGGGGAACCAUCAGUUGCGCACAAGGAACCUUGCUUGAUUGUAUGUAUAUGGCGGCGAAACAAUCGCCCCGCGUGUGGUCCAACGACGGGGGCACACCGAUUUGUUGAUGUGAUUUCUCUUCUUCGCGCACUCAAACCUAUGUCUGUAUAACGUUGGAGCUCUCUAUAUGCACAU